AUGAAACAUACUGGUGCACUGUUGGCCCUUGUGGCCUUGGCAAUCCCCUCGUCAGCGAAGGAGAUGGCCGCCGACCAAGUGCGUAAAGCCGAGCUCUUCGAGAGCGGAGUGAGGCACGCACAGAUCAUGGCACUCAAGAAGCAAACUUGGGAUGCGCUUGAGGCCCAGGGAGUCUAUGACUCGACGCAAUAUAAGAGCUUCGACCAGAAGCAGGACUUUGUUGCUUGCAAGGAUGGGGUCGCCUCCUACGUUCCUGGUGAUCCAAUGUACACCUUCAAAUGCAGCAAUCUCGACCUGUACGACUUCAAGACCCAUGCAGAGCUUGGCAGCGGCUUUGGUCGUGGCGCAGGCUCUUGGGGCUGGACUAGUCCCGACGGUCGAGAGUUCGUGGCGAUCGCACAGCUGGACGGCACUGCCUUUGCCGAGGUCUCCAAGAGUGGCAAGCUCAUCUAUCUCGGAAGGCUACCCCAAUACACUACUGCCGAGACAUCGCUUUGGCGCGAGAUCAAGGGCUACCACAGCUACGUUGUCAUCGGAAGCGAGGCCGUAGAUCACGGCAUCCAGAUCUUUGACCUCAGGAAGCUUCUCACCGUUGACCCCGCCAAGCCUGUCAAAUUUACCAACGAGAAAGACUUGGAUGGUUUCUGGACAGAGAAGCUGCCCCUGGGCCGCUCGCACAAUGUCGUCGUGAAUGAGGAGAGGAACUAUGGAGUCGCGACCGGCUUCCAGCCACGCAACGGCCCGCUCCGUGCCGGCUUGGUGUUUUUCGAUCUGACUGACCCAACCAACCCGAAGACCUUGGGUGGCACUGGCGAGGACGGUUAUGUACACGAUGCUCAGUGCAUUGUCUAUCGUGGCCCUGACGCGAAGUACUAUGGCAAGGAUAUUUGCUAUGGCUACGACGAGGACACGAUCACGAUCUAUGAUGUCACGGACCUGCAGCAUAUCACCAUAAUUUCCAACACCUCAUACGAAGGAGCCAGUUUCACGCACCAGGGUUGGGUUCUCGACCCAGAGUGGCAGCAGUUCCUUAUUUCAGACGACGAGUAUGACGAGGUUGAUGAGCGAGGACUUGCCAGUGCGGGAUAUCCUAUCUCCUAUAUCUGGGAUAUCAGUUCCCUAGAGGCACCCAAGCAGACAGGAUACUACAAGCACCUCAGGAAGGGUAUCGACCACAACCAGUUUGUCAAGGAUGGUUUCACAUAUCAAAGCAACUAUGCAUUGGGAAUCAGCAUCCUGGAUCUCAGAUCGGUCCCUAGCGAUCCCACUGGAAAGGGCAUCAAAGAAGUGGCCUACUUUGAUAUCCACCCUGAGGAUGACAAUAUGGAGGGCGGAGGUAAUGUCACAUUCACAGGGACAUGGAGUCACUACCCGUUCUUCCCUAGUGGCUACAUUGUCAUCAACACCAUGGACCGUGGUGCCUUUGUUGUCAAGAAAUCGCCAGAAGGCUGGUAA